CAUCACUUUUGCUAUACAUGCUGUUAGCUGUAUGCGAUCUUCGGUUCCUACAUUGCGUAUAUUGCAACCCAGGUUAAUAAAUUUUUAUUCUUUCCGCGUCAAACCCUAGAUUAUCUUUCCAAUUUCUGGCUGAAGAUUGAGUCUUUCAACAGCAGACGCCCAAUUUGGACUCAAUUCAAUCUCGAGCAUUUGGGGACAUCUGAUUCAAACGAGGGAAUUUUGGCGUAUAUUUAAAUUAGAUUUGGGUCAUCAUUUAUUGUUCCUUUUCCAAUUACUGGUUUUAAUGCUGUUGAUUUGGAAAGUCUUAUUUUAAGAGAGAUUGAGGAAAGAGCUGCGGAUUUGGUUUUUAAGUGAGAUUUGAAGGAAAGAAUUAACUCUUUGAGUUUUCUGGGGGAGUCACAGGGAGUUUGCUAAGAUGAUGUCAAGAUCUUAUACCAACCUUUUGGAUUUAGCAUCUGGAAAUUUCCCAACAGUGGGUAGGGAAAGGGACCGGAAGCGCCUCCCGAGGGUUAUGACUGUUCCGGGGAAUAUUCUUGAGCUAGAUGAUGAACAGGCUAGCAGUGUUACGUCGGAAAACCCAUCUUCACUUAUUGGUGAUAGGAUCAUCAUUGUUGCAAAUCUUCUGCCUCUGAAAGCAAAACGAAGGCCUGACAAUAAGGGCUGGACUUUUAGCUGGAACGAGGAUUCUUUGCUGUUACGGGUUAGGGAUGGCUUUCCGGAGGACAUGGAGGUGUUAUACGUUGGAUCAUUGCCUGUUGAUGUCGAUCCAAUCGAACAGGAUGACGUAGCCAACUAUCUUUUGGAGAAAUUCAAAUGUGUUCCUGCAUUUCUGCCACCAAGUCUUCUGGAAAAAUAUUAUCAUGGCUUCUGCAAGAAGCAUUUAUGGCCACUGUUUCACUAUAUGCUGCCAUUUUCAUCAGAUCAUGGAAUUCGGUUUGAUAGGUCCAUGUGGGAAGCAUAUGUAUCGGCCAAUAAGUUGUUCUCACAAAAAGUUAUUGAAAUAAUCAAUCCCGAGGAUGAUUUUGUGUGGAUUCAUGAUUAUCAUUUGAUGGUGUUACCCACUUUUCUGAGAAGGCGCUUUGUCCGCUUGAGAAUGGGUUUCUUCCUUCACAGUCCAUUUCCUUCUUCCGAGCUGUAUAGGUCCCUUCCCGUUAGAGAAGAAAUUCUGAAGGCCCUACUCAACUCGGACCUAAUUGGUUUUCACACUUUUGACUAUGCACGCCAUUUCCUCUCCUGUUGUAGUCGGAUGUUGGGCCUGGAAUAUCAAUCAAAAAGGGGCUACAUAGGAUUGGAUUAUUAUGGAAGGACGGUUGGCAUAAAGAUUAUGCCAGUUGGGAUUCAUAUGGGUCAUAUUGAGUCAGUUCUGAGACAGGCAGAUAAGGAGCUGCAGGUUGAGGAGCUAAAGCAACAGUUUGCUGGCAAAACUGUGUUGCUUGGAUUCGAUGAUAUGGACAUAUUUAAAGGUAUAAAUUUGAAACUUUUAGCUAUGGAGCACAUGCUCAAGCAGCAUCCGACUUGGCAAGGAAGAGCUGUUCUGGUCCAGAUUGCCAAUCCUUCCAGAGGAAAAGGAAUAAAUCUGGAUGAAAUAAAUCGCGAAAUAGGGGAGAGCUGCCAGAGAAUCAAUAAGGAACUUGGAAGGCCUGGAUAUGAACCUAUAGUUUUUAUCCAUCGGUCUUUAUCAAUCAGUGAAAGGAUGGCUUACUACAGUAUUGCUGAAUGUGUUGUGGUGACAGCAGUGCGGGAUGGGAUGAAUCUGACUCCUUAUGAAUACAUAGUCUGCAGAGAAGGAGUAUCAGGUGCAGAACCAGGUUCAGACUUGAGUGGACCUAAGAAGAGCAUGUUGGUGGUCUCUGAAUUCAUCGGCUGUUCCCCUUCCCUUAGUGGUGCUAUUCGUGUAAAUCCUUGGAAUGUUGAAUCAACAGCUGAGGCAAUGUACGAGGCUAUAUCAUUGGCCGAGAGAGAGAAGGAGUUACGACAUGAGAAGCAUUACCGAUAUGUGAGCUCUCAUGAUGUAGCAUUUUGGGCUAGAAGCUUCUUACAAGAUAUGGAGAGAACUUGUGUUGACCAUUUCAGAAAAAGAUGCUGGGGUAUUGGUCUUGGCUUCGGGUUCAGAGUGGUGGCACUAGAUCCAAAUUUUAGAAAGCUUUCAAUGGAUGAGAUUACGUCAUCUUACUGCAGGGCUAAAAGCAGGGCUAUAUUGUUGGAUUAUGAUGGCACACUUAUGCCUCAAAAUUCAAUUAUUAAGACUCCAAGUGCCCAAGUUCUGUCUCUCUUAAACACACUGUCUGGUGAUCCCAAAAAUCUAGUUUUUAUGGUCAGUGGAAGAGGAAGAGACAGCUUAAGCAAGUGGUUUCUUCCUUGCAAAACACUUGGACUUUCUGCUGAGCAUGGCUACUUCUUAAGGUGGCCACAAGUUGAAGAAUGGGAAACAUAUGGCCAAGGUUCUGAAUUUGGCUGGAUGCAUAUUGCAGAACCUGUUAUGAACUCAUAUACUGAGGCUACUGAUGGUUCUGGAAUAGAGAGAAAGGAAAGUGCUUUAGUGUGGCAUUAUCAUGACGCCGACCCAGUAUUUGGGUUUUCCCAGGCGAAGGAAAUGCUGGAUCAUUUGGAGAGUGUUUUAGCAAAUGAACCUGUAGCUGUGAAGAGCGGACAAUUCAUUGUGGAAGUGAAGCCUCAGGGUGUUAGCAAAGGCAGAGUAGCAGAAAAGAUUUUGGCGUCCAUGGCAGAUAAGGGAAAACAAGCUGAUUUCGUGCUUUGCAUCGGUGAUGACAGAUCUGACGAGGACAUGUUUGAAAUAAUUGGUAAUGCAGUAUCUAGCCGUAUUCUGUCUUACAACACUGAAAUAUUUGCUUGCACAGUUGGGCAAAAGCCCAGCAAAGCGAAGUAUUAUUUGGAUGACUCAUCCGAAGUGGUAACUAUGCUUGAAUCUCUUGCUGAGGCUACUGAUUCUCCCGCUUCAUCUGACAACGAACCGGAUAGCCCUCCCAGAAGGAUUGGCCGUGUUACUUCAUUUGUUUAAAUCUACCUAUUUUCCUCAAAGGAAGCUCUAUGUGGUCAGCUACUGCCAUCUUGCUUAUAUGGGUGUCCGGUUUCAGGUCCUGCAGUAAGGAAAUCGUGCACUUUUUCUGUUUUCUCUUUUCCCAUCACCUUGCUAAUCAUAUUAGCUUUUAGGCCCAUCCUAUUGUGUUUGUUAUUAAAGAAGUAGUCUAUUUCUUGGGUGAACUUAGAGAGAAGUUUACAACUGGACAAAGUUCAGAAACACAUCUUUCUUGUUUAAAGGAUGGGCUAUGCCAUUGUCUGCAAAACUGGCUAUUUUGAAGUAAAAGGGUAUGGGCUCAUUCUUAUUGACAGAACUCUUUGGCAUCCUCAUCUGCUGGAACAUCUAAACUAUACUGGAAGAAUCGCACCCAAAAUCCUAGAUGUUAAAUAGUUGAUGCUGAUGGGAAAAUGAGAUGGGUCACGUUAACAACGGGUCCUUGAAGCUGAACGACUACGGGUGGUAGAAAAGGUGGUUGCAUGAGCGCCUAGAAUCGGGCUUUUUAUGUUCAGUGCUUCUUGUACAGGUGGUAUAACUCCCAUUUCCUAUCUUCUUUAGUUCCUUUGGGGAGGUUCAAGAAUGUGAAUAUGGGCUUUAUCAUUUCAAUAAUGUCUACAGCAGAUUGAUGCUGCUAUUGAAUGUUGCAACUGAUUUUUCGUAUUCAAUUUUUCCUUUUUCUAUUGCCACUCUGUAUUGUUGUUGAAUUGUGGAUAUUUGAUUGUUGACUUUGUUUUGAUUCAGUAAUUGAACUGUAGUUUCCUGGCC